GUUCACAAUGAUUCGUGUUUAUUUGAUAAUUUUAAUGCAUUUGGUGAUUGGUUUAACCCAGAACAAUUCAACUACACCUUCGCCAAUUAUCACCUCAAGUAACAGCUCUGUACUUGUAUUCGAGAUUUCUUCAAAAAUGAAAAUGAUCGAAAAAAAGCUGGAAGCCAACACAGUCCAUGUCCUUCGCCUGGAAUUAGAUCAAAGUUUCAUAUUAGAUUUAACCAAAGUCGCCGCGGAAAUCGUUGAUUCUUCGAAAUACAGUAAAGAAGACGGUGUUAUACUCGAAGUAACAGUUUCAAAUGGCCGUGAUAGUUUUUUAUUGAAACUUCCGACGGUUUAUCCGAACUUGAAGCUCUAUACUGACGGAAAACUGCUCAAUCCGCUCGUUGAGCAAGAUUUCGGGGCGCACAGAAAGAGGCACAGGAUAGGCGACCCUCAUUUCCAUCAAAACCUGAUCGUAACCGUGCAGUCUCGAUUGAAUGCUGAUAUAGAUUAUAGGCUUCAUGUGACUCAUUUGGAUCGGGCCCAAUAUGAUUUUCUGAAGUUCAAGACGGGACAGACCACGAAAACGUUGUCGAAUCAGAAGCUGACGUUUGUCAAGCCGAUUGGAUUUUUUUUGAAUUGCAGCGAACAAAAUAUUUCCCAAUUCCACGUCACAUUGUACAGUGAAGAUGAUAUUUGUGCAAAUCUGAUAACUGUGCCGGCGAAUGAAUCCAUCUAUGAUCGAUCAGUGAUUUCCGAUAAAACUCACAAUCGACGUGUCCUAUCAUUCACCAAAAGAGCCGACAUUUUUUUCACUGAAACUGAAAUCUCGAUGUUCAAAUCAUUCCGAAUCUUCGUCUUCAUAGCUCCCGAUGAUUCUGGAUGUUCUACCAACACAUCACGCAAAAGUUUCAACGAGAAAAAGAAAAUAUCUUUUGAAUUCAAAAAACUGGAAAAUCAAUCAUACGCCGUCCCGACGGCUUUGAUGAUGAUAUUUCUGACGACACCGUGUCUUUUGUUCCUUCCAAUUGUGAUUAAUAUUAUCAAGAAUAGCAGAAAAUUGGCACCAUCACAAUCAAAUCUUAUCUCAUUUUCUCCAGUUCCGUCUGAGCAACGGGACAUGGAUUUGAGCCAUGAUGAGCAGCAGAAUACGAGCUCAGAACUCGAAAAUAAUGGAGAAAUUCCAGCAGCAGAAAAUCAAAUUGUUGAAGAGAUCACGGCUGAAAAUCAAGAAACGAGCGUAGAAGAGGGAAACCGGGAAAUUCAAGUUAAAAUUCCGUUGAAACAGGAUUCAUUAUCACUCCAUGGCCAAAUGCUUCAAUAUCCCGUUGCAAUAAUUCUCCCAGUUCUCAUGCACACAGCUAUCGAAUUCCAUAAAUGGACGACAUCUACAAUGGCAAAUCGCGACGAAAUGUGCUUCCACAAUCAUGCGUGUGCUCGGCCAUUGGGAGAACUUCGAGCUUGGAAUAAUAUCAUCACCAAUAUAGGAUAUACUCUUUAUGGAGCCAUCUUCAUUGUUUUGUCGAUAUGUAGAAGAGGCCGUCAUGAGUAUUCUCAUGUUUUUGGUACAUAUGAAUGCACACUUUUAGAUGUGACUAUUGGUGUUUUCAUGGUUUUGCAAUCAAUUGCUAGUGCCACUUAUCAUAUUUGCCCCAGUGAUGUGGCUUUUCAGUUUGAUACGCCGUGCAUCCAAGUUAUCUGUGGACUUCUCAUGGUCCGUCAGUGGUUUGUUCGUCACGAAUCUCCAUCACCAGCCUAUACAAAUAUCCUACUAGUUGGAGUUGUCUCCUUGAACUUUCUAAUAUCUGCAUUCUCCAAAACAUCAUAUGUCCGAUUCAUCAUCGCUGUAAUUCAUGUCAUUGUCGUUGGAUCGAUCUGUUUGGCAAAGGAAAGAUCCUUGGGAUCGGAAAAAUUAAAAACUCGAUUUUUCAUCAUGGCCUUCUCGAUGGGAAAUUUCGCAGCAAUCGUGAUGUAUCUGACGCUUUCGGCGUUUCAUUUGAAUCAAAUAGCCACGUAUUGCUUUAUUAUAAAUUGUAUCAUGUAUCUGAUGUACUAUGGAUGCAUGAAAGUUUUACAUAGCGAGAGAAUAACGUCGAAGGCUAAACUUUGUGGAGCUCUGUCACUGCUCGCGUGGGCUGUUGCCGGAUUUUUCUUCUUUCAAGAUGAUACAGAUUGGACGAGAUCUGCGGCGGCGAGCCGAGCACUCAACAAGCCAUGCCUGCUACUCGGCUUCUUCGGUUCCCACGAUUUAUGGCACAUCUUCGGAGCAUUGGCCGGUCUUUUCACAUUCAUUUUCGUCUCCUUUGUUGAUGAUGAUCUCAUUAAUACACGCAAAACUUCGAUUAACAUUUUCUAGAGUAAUUUUGUUUUCCCUAUCCGGUUUUUCAUAUUUCAACUUUUUCUCCUGCCUUAAUACGUAGCCCGAUCUCUCAUUUCUUCAUGUUUUAAGAACUUUCUGAAUCUAUGUAAUUAGUUGGUCUACUUUGAAACAUUUUUACUGUAUUCAUCUCCACGGCUCCCUACCUCCCUGUGAAUAUAAUUCCAAAUUUAGCUCCUCUCUACGCAGUGAUCUGGUGUUUAUAACAUGUUUAUUUAUUUUUCCCAACAUUUCCCAAUUUCAGGUGUUCACUUGUUUGUUUGCUCCCCCUCUAUGCAUAAAUUUUCAGCCACU